AAUAAAUUAAACGACAUGAACAACAAAAGUUCAAGUCAACCUUCUAAUAGGAAUACCGCAUCUAUUUCGGGCAAGAGCAAAACGAGCACGGGGCGAAGAACUGUCGUACCUAGGACUAUGUCAGCUAAGAAGGUUCCUUCAAAAUCCUCAAAAGACAGCAAAAGUCUUUCCAGCAUGGAAUCUGGCAUUAAAAAGUCUAGGGUUGUGAAACCAAAGAAAACUACGAAAUCGGAAGUGUGCUGUUCUCAAAAUGUAAUUAUAAAACGAAACUGUUCAGACCACUGCAAGAAAUGCGGCGACGUUCUGUCGUCUACAACUCCGAGCACCACCAACAAAAUGAUUGACUUUAUCAAAGAAGAAAGACAAAAGUACUCUGAAACGCAUUCUCACAGCUCGGUUGAAAAUAGUAGCCAAAAAUCAUCGAAAGGAAUAGAAAAACCUUCGCAGAGCGAAAUUUUCCAGGGUUCGAUAAUUAAUAAUAAAAUAAAUCCUAUAAAGAUUCCACUGACACAACCAUGCGUAGGUUCGAUUCCCGAAAAAUUAAUACUAACUAGUAAAGACCCCGCUCGAUCAAUACAACAAUAUUAUAAGAACGAAAAUUUUCAACAAAUAUCGGAUUCUGUUUAUGAAAUAAAUAAUGAAAUGAAAAAAAUUUCGUUAUUGGACACGAUCGAAGAAAUGCCUGAAGUCCCUACAGCGAUUGAAGACGAUUCUUCUUCAUUAGAAUCAACUUUAUUUAGAAUUAUUAACCAAGCUGACACGGAACUUCACACCGACGAAUAUACAACACUUCAAAAGUUAAAGGCCUUCAGAGACAAUAAUUAUUUCGAAUGCCACAACACUCAAACAAGAAUUAAAAGCAAAGGAAGCGUUACAAGUUUAGAGAACCAUGAAUGCACUUACAGGUUUUACUUAAACGAAAGAUUGUUUCCCGAACCUUUGAAUAUGGAUCAUAAUCAAAAUAUCAGAUGCGUUGAAUGCCACUUACCUAUGGAGUUAAAAGAAAAUUCGUUGACAUCUAAAAGAACUAUUAACGGAGCGAUUCAAGCAAAAGUUAAAAUUGGACCCGCCGAGGAAUCUCAAGAUACACUACUAAUGCUACCCGUGAAAGAUUCAUUGAUAAUUAGGGAAAAAAGAAAAGAAAGGCGGAGAGAGGCCGAGAAUCCCGAUAUAGUGUACUUCGGCAUUAUAAAGCUAGACGCUUACGGUAAUUCCGUGUUCAACAAAACGUUACCAGAAAACUCUUUGGCUCUUCGAUAUCAGAAAGGAUACAAAAAGUUCGAAGGCAGUUCUGAUGACCAUAGCUUCCAGAGAAUGGAAGAAGGUGAUAUUGUUUAUGUUUAAGUAGAAAUUUUGUUCUAAUUAAACAAUUUUUGACUUAC